AGCCAACAGGAGCCACUGACUUGAAAUUCAAACUUCCAAGGAAUAUGGUGUUCAUUUGAAAGAAGUAACGGCAUGUAAUAGCAAAUAAAGAACGAAGAGAUAAGUCAUUAGAAAAUAAAAAGUAAAUUAAGAAAUCAAUAAAUAAAUAGAGAAAAAUGUAAGCAAGUUACUCAAAUGCAAGGGGAAUUGUUUUAAGGUAAUAAAGCGGUGAAUCUUCGCUUUACUUCUGAGGCUCCAAGUGUACGAAAUCCUCAGGGAGACAGUUCCACAGUCCAACGGUGUGAGGAAUAAGGGACCUGCGGAACAGAGAGGUUUGACAGCGAGGCUCAUUCACUGCAUAUUGGUGCUGCUUGAAGUUCAGCAUAUCUGGUCCCUCUCAGCAGGAAAAGCGGAUCAGGGAUCACACGAUGGAAAUAUAGGACCUACGAGUAGAUAUCCGCUUCUUUGAACAACACCGUCAGUGUGAUGUCGUACUGAGGUCGAUGGUACAACCGGAUCUGGAAGUCAUUCGUGGUGAUAAGAUAAAUCAGGAGAUGCAGAUUUUGUGAGGAGACUUCCUGACAGCCACUCACGGGACAGGGUGCGAAUGAAGGAAAAGAUAAUGGAUGCAACCAAUGAAGCGGGAUUUAGAGAGAAUUCCAAACAGAACCUCUGUCUGUGAAGAACAAGCCGCUCUGAGUAAGAUUCUGAUCUACGGGACCAACCUCCGUAGGUCGUUUUUAAACUGAAGGUUCGUUCCAUGAGACAACGGGGCAGUAAACGGGAGAAAGAAGAGACUCUUAUCGUGGAUGAAAACUAAUCGGAUCAGAACGAACGGUCCCACCAAAAUAAUAGGCUUAAGAGGCUCAUUUCGACCUAAUUGCGGCGCGGGUACAGACGGAAUCCGUUUAAACGAAAGAAAUUGUUCCUUGCUCACCUUUUUGAAAUAAAAAAUAAUAAUAAUGUUGAUUGUUAUUACAAUAUGUUGUAAAGAUCGAUCAGAAUAAUCUUACUAUAAGCAGUCACAUUAACAUUAUUUUCAUUCCUUUAGGGAACUGCUUUCAAAGAUUCCUCUACGGAAGAAAUUCACUGGGAAAACACGGUCGUUUCUCUCCGUAGUUAGCGCCAACACGAUUACACGUCAAUGUAGAAGUACGGCGUUCCCUCGUCUUGUUGGUUGUACAGUCCCGACGUGCACACCAGUCCUCUUAUUCCUUUUAUAACGCUCUUCCUGUGCUCAUAUUCUAGACCGAUAACAUCGUCCGAGAACGACUACACAACAUUCUUCUUCAUAUUCUUUUUAAAUACCCUAGGCGGAAUCUGAAAGCGAACUUUAAACUUGCACACGCACAUAGUGGGCUCAGCAGAAGGAUUAGAGAAGGACUUGAGGGAUAUUUCAGAAGUUGCGGAAGAAGAAUGAGCACAAAUUCUCUGGGGAGACCGAAGUGGAUAAUUCGGGAAGGACGAAAAAGGGAAUUCAUUUUUUUCCAGUCUCUUUUGUUGAGACUUUGGAAAAACACGAGCAAAUAGUGCGACGGGAAGACGCCGCUGUGGGAAUAAUGGAAAGGAAAAAUGUACGCAAUAAAAGAAAAAAAUAAAGGGUGAGCUUAGAUGAAGAGAGAGGAAAUAAAUGAAUAAAGAGAGAAAGGGUGAUAACGAGUACAUUUACUAAUGAAACGACCAGACCUAUAGACUGAUUUAUGUUAUGCAAAGCAGGUUGUCGGGAAGCUUUAUAUCUGAUUAGAAGAGAAACAAUACUUUAACUUUAUCGAGACACUGACUGCGUCUUCGUGUAAGGUGAUUGGGGACUUCGGCAGAGAUUGGACAGUAGACCAAGACGACGCCCAGGGCCGAAAGUAGAAGAAAAAAAAGAAGACUGAACAAGAAAAGGUAGAAGAAAAGGAGUGAGGACAGGAAACGGAAAUUACUCUGCCGUUGGAUCAGUUAAAUGCUGGGAUUUCGAUGAUCAAGUCACAGAAUGAGUCCUACUCCAGUAGAUGAUGACGCGAACGAGGAGCAACGGCCAGAACGACAAACUGUGUGCGAAACGCUACGCCACGGAGCCAACUGGAAGUGUUUCAUCCUCACCCUUCUUAUCAUAGCCUGCUUGGCGGCCAUCACCUGGUGCAGGUUUACGCAGGUGACGAAAAUCAUCGUCAAUUUCGACAACUUUCCCAUCACCAAGACGAGGCACCUGAGUCCAUGUGAAGAGGGAUACCUGUACAUACCGAUAGCCUUCUUAGCCAUGCUAUACCUGGUGUACCUGGUCGAGUGCUUCCACUGUCCUACCAGGGCACAGCUGACCCACACGACCCCGGCAACGCAGGUCUUGGCCAUGAUCGAGUCCAUGAAAUCUGCUCUGCCCGUCAUUUGGUGGAAGGCGGUCUGUUACCAUUACGCAAGGAGGUCUCGCCAUAUCACACGCUAUCGCAAUGGCGACGCGUAUACGAGCACUCAGGUAUUUUAUGAACGUGUGAAUACAUACGCAGCCGGAACAUGUUUUACAUUCUAUAACUGCGGUGUAAAAGACAUUUCCAAAAGAUUGGUGGACCUUUCAAAAUAUUCUUACACUAAAAUAAGGUUCUCCAAAGGAUUUGCUUUCGCCAACCUCGAAACAGCUAACGAAUUUGAGGAACAGAGAGCCAGGUUCUUCCAGGAAAACGAAAGGAGAAAUGAUUACAUGGAGAUGAGGGAGGGUCUCGACUUGACCAACGUCAGCUUCAAAGAAUUCGUCAUUGCAAGAAGAGACACGAAGAAACUUCCUUGGUAUACUCGCCAUUUCGUUUUCUGGGUGGCCUCUCUACUCCUGCUUUCGUGGCCUCUCCGGCUGGUUAUAGAGUACAACACUGCUUACAUACACUACCAGGUAACGAAACUGUUUGGUGUCAACUACACGACCCCUGUGAGCGGAGGACGUGCGUCUAGAGGUUCAGCAGCCACAGAUAGCCACGACCUCGAAUUGACGAUUGCCAACAACUGCACGCUCGUACCAUCCUACAGCGAGGCCCUUCUCAUGGACGCCGGCUCAACGCCGCCGGCAAUACUGACGCCCUCCGUCGACGCUAACGGCAACAUCCAGAACGGCGGUGCCAACCUACCGGCGGAGGCCUCUUCAUGCAGUGUGGGCUCAGAGCUCACUCCAGGCUCUCCCGUCGGCGCGGCUGCAUCGCGAACUUCCCUGCACAAUGGUUACUUGUUAUACCACCCUUCUCCUCUCGUACCAUACACGCCGAUAGAUCCCUUCCAAGGGCGAGGUUGCACAACGCCCACAGAAGCCCCGCCGAACUACGACGACGCUCUGAGGGUCUCCGCUCCUCUCCUGGGUUCCAUGUCCCCUUCCCCACUUCGCCGAUCUCAUACGGAGAGGGAUAUUCCCUCAACGCCUCGUCUGGCACUCCCGAGGCAUUCAUGCCACUACGACCUCGAGACACAGCUAUGACCGACCGUGAUCGUCACGGACGUUACGGACGCUGCACGAACGGCACUAGAUCGUCUGUACGUGUCCUUAGGAUCGCUGGAAGCGUUUUCGAAGCACUUUUGGGCUGCGUCGCAGUUUUUGUGUCUUUGAGAUGAAAUCUCAAAGGCUAAUGUUUUUGUGGUAAACUUAAUGGAUACGUAAUAACUUUUAAUACUGAACGAUCAAUUUUUAGAACUUGAGAAUAACCAUUUGUUGAAUUUUCAAAUGUCAGCAGAAUGACCUUCGCCUUUUCCGUCGCCCUUUCAUAUUUCAUAUGACGUCAUGAACAUCGCCCUCUUGAGAGCUACAUUCAGACAGUCAGUGCAUUUUGUAAAUAAACAUAAUACUUCACUACACAUCAGGUGAGCCGCGAAAUGUAAACUGAAACGAACGUAAGCAUGGAAAGUACGUAAGCCUUGAAAAAAUCGUGUCCUCGGAGCUAGAUACGAAAUUUGACAUAAAACGCCAUUAAUUCUUUGAAAUAUUCGUCUUAGGAGGUGGAAUGCUUUCUCAAAUAUCACUCAGGUUUGAUUGUUCUUCUCAAAAAUAAAUGAUUAAAUAAAAAUUCAUUUUAAUCACCAUGUUAAAACGUUGAAUUAAUGAAACGAUCAGACUAAAAGGCUUUGCUGAUACUUUAUGACUGGACAUUCCAGUGAACAGAAUGAAGUGUUCAAUUAAUCUUCAUUCAUGAAAUAGAUAGAAAACAAACAGAUAAAAAUGAGAAGACAGUUGCUGGCUAACACGGAUAACAUUCAGUAGUUGAUUUCCAUAAUCCGUAAAUCCUGCAAACAUCACCAUCAUCCUUUCGUAAGAUUCACAACAUUGGAAGGACAGAAAGGGUCAAGGCUGACAUCGUUAUCGUCAUGACGGAAUCAGUAUAUAAAAACAAAAAUAACGCUUACGAUUACUUAGAUUUAGUGCUAGCUAAGAUUUUCAUCUUUGAGAGGAAACAAAAUAACUCUCGCGAGUAUUAUCAUCAUAGGUUUUAGAAGACGUUUGUUGUAGUGGUGACUGUUAUUUUGUUAUUGCAAUGACUCACACUGGAGCACAAGAUUCCCAGCACUACAAUCGCGGUUAUUGGUUUCUGUCUUUUAUUUCGAGUACCAGUUUCUUCUUUUACACUUAUGGAGUGAAGUUUGUCUUGAAAUAUUCUUCUUCUGAUUUUGUAUCAUACUUCAACUCCAUCUUUCAUGUAAAUCAUCGAAUAAGAAAAAAGAAAACUUAGGUUAUUGUGUUUUGCCGCAGCUGAAGAGAACAAACCCCUUUGAAACUUCACAUAAUCACACAUUCAAGUUAAAUUAGCAUUGUUUAAGCGUUAUCUCAAUGUGCCUGAUAGCCACAAUCUAUAAUCAUAAGAUUUAUAUUCACCCACUUGCGUCAUUUUACGUUCAAAGGCGAGGAGCCGAUAUGUACUUGAAACAUAGUUUUAUUGUAUCAUAAUAUGUCUUGUGCUAUGGUUCCACCAAUAAUUCCCAUCUGUCGCUGAAGUGAUUCAUCAUUUAUUUUCAGUUUUUCUUACCUCAGAUUCCCAAAUCUUCUUCAUAGUUAUCACUCGUAAGAGCUCGGAGCAGUCUGAAGAGUUUAUGACACAGAGAAUAUGACACAAACUAACCUUAAGAUGAUCGUGCGUCUUUGGGAAUUCACAUAGCUUAUGUCAAUUAUCAAGCUUUUGAGAGGCAAGAAGCUUAAGCCAGCCUUGAAGCUUAUGUCUGUCGUACAAGCCUAAGAUGUCAAUCAGCUCUGGUAUGUCAUAAACUACUUACAAUGAUUACGGAGCACAGUAGAAGGCAGUUUCUUAGUCUGAGUCUUAAAUGGGGACUCAGAAUUAAGUGAUAUAUAUUUUGCUCUCCUCUGGAUGCAAAAAUUUGAAUCAAGGAUAGCCGAAAUGUGACACGUUUCCAGGAAAUUUUUUCAGAUCAUUUUGGAAAUCCUCCUCGGUGCUCCUACUUCAGCUGCAAGGGCUAGAACGUUGGCCGAACCUCCCUUUCGGAAUCCACGACUCAACACGAGCGUUCCACGGCAGAAACCCCCUUUAAAGCUUAGAUAUUUAAUCAAAACAUAGGCGCUUUAUUUGCUGGUUACAUUAUGCUUCCAUGGCAAGAUUUUAUGUCAUCUUAUAUGGUGCUGUGUACAUACAAUACAAAAAGCUUUACGAACAUUAUAUAUAUAUAAAAUAUAUAUAGGAUAUUUUUGUUUAGGUUAAAACAUCGAUUGGUAUACCUUGUGUACAGAUUGUGAUGAGAUAAUCUCCUUAAAGCCUACUUACCAUUAAGAAAUGUCAUCAAGAUACUUGUAUAGAAAGAUGUUCAUACAUAUUAGGCUACGUACCGAUAGUGACAUUUUCUAUAGAAAAGGAUUUUGGGCUCAGAAGGAACCGAUUUCAAUAUACGUAUACAUUUUCAAGGCGUGGCGACCUUGCUUGACAGAGCAAAUAUUAGUUCAUGGUUUGUAAUUAAUAAAGGAUAUAUGAAUGAAAUUUGACCAAAGAUGAAAUAGGUAGGAAUACCUAAGGACUCUGUCAAGUAAAUAUAGCAUUGUUCAGACAUUCCAUUAUGUCAAACAAUUUUAAAUUAACAAAUGGAUAUGAUGUAAAAUAAUAUAAUACAAAAUCCUUGAUUAAAAUUAAAAUUAAAAUGCACAUGCUUCUAAAAGCAAUUAGGGAUUAAGAUUGUAUUCACCAUGAAGACUUUACAUAUC